GAUAAAAGAUGAAUUCUUAUUAUGGCAGUUCAUCUUAUUUAUCAUCAUCUUCUUCAUCUUCAGAUGAUGAUUAUUAUGAUGAUCUAGAAAAUCAAGUGGUAUGUCAAAUUACUGCAAACAACAAUUUUUGCAUCACUCAACACCUCAAUAACGAUGUGUCACGCCGGAGCUCAAUUCCUGGUCAUAUAGUUAUCAACCGUGACCGGGAAAAUGCUGAUCGCAAUCUCUUCAAUGACUAUUUUGCAGAAAAUCCCCAGUUUAAUGAUUCGAUGUUUCGACGAAGAUUUCGAAUGGGUCGUCCUUUAUUCUUUCGUAUAUUUGAUGCUAUACAAAGGCAUGACAAUUACUUCGUCCAGCGAAGGGACGGACUCGGUAAACUUGAGUUGUCCGGCUUGCAAAAGGUAACAGCUGUAUUUCGAAUGUUAGCAUAUGGUGUACCGGCAGAUGCUACCGAUGAGUACAUAAAAAUUGGAGAAUCUACAGUUUUAGAAAGUUUGAAGCGAUUUUGCCGUGCAGUUGUCGAGGUGUUUAGAGCUCGCUAUCUACGAUCACCUAACGUUGAUGAUGUUGCAAGGCUACUCCACAUUGGUGAACGUCGGGGUUUUCCAGGAAUGCUGGGUAGUUUAGAUUGUAUGCAUUGGAAAUGGAAAAAUUGUCCAACGGUUUGGGGAGGACAAUAUGCCGGUCGUAGUGGAUCCCCAACCAUUAUUCUUGAAGCUGUAGCUGACUAUGACCUUUGGAUAUGGCAUGCAUAUUUUGGUCUACUGGGAUCUAAUAAUGAUAUUAAUGUGUUGGAGGCAUCCCAUCUUUUUGCUAAUCUUGCUGAAGGUAUUGCUCCACCCGCUAAUUAUGUCAUCAAAGGUAAAUAAUAUAAUAUGGGUUAUUAUUUAGCUGAUGGUAUAUAUCCAAAAUGGUCUACUCUUGUUCAAAGCAUUCACGAUCCACGUGGUAAGAAAAAAAAGUUUUUUGCAAUGAAACAAGAAAUAUGUAGAAAAGAUGUAGAACGCGCAUUUGGAGUAUUGCAGUCAAGAUUUGCAAUUGUGGCAGGACCAGCGCGCUUAUGGAACAAGAGAGUGUUACAUGAUAUAAUGACUUCUUGUAUUAUUAUGCAUAAUAUGAUAAUAGAAGAUGAACGUGAUGUUAAUGCAACAAUUGAAGAACGAGUCGACGUGCAAAGUCCAGAAGUGGAGAUGCUAGGUGAUGAUGAUACUCGAUUUCAAGAAUUCCUUGCUCGACAUAGAAAAAUUAGGGAUAAAGAAGCUCAUAUCGAACUUCAAAAUGCAUUAAUUGAACACUUAUGGGACGAGCAUGGUAACUCCGAGAAUUAGUUAAAUUUAAUCAAUCUAUCUACGUGUUAUUUAAGAGUUAAUUAAAUGUAACGGUUUUUUUCUUACCUCUAGUAAUGUAAUAUGUAUUUCAGUAAAUUUAAUAUGAUUUUUUUUUAAA